AUGUUUGACGACAAGAACUACAUGGGAAGGUUCUCGGAGGAGGAGGUUCGCUCUCUGGUGAAGUUACAGAAAAUUCACGGUAACGACUGGAGUAAGAUCUCUGAGAAGAUGGACCGCAGCACGUGCGCGUUAGAGAAGCGCUUCGCCCACAUCGAGACCAGCUGUGUAAACAAUCUUCCCUGGAAGGUGAUCAGCCAGCAGGUCAAGACCCGAUCCUGGAGCCAGUGUCGGCUCAAGUGGUACUCCCUUUUGAAGUUGAAGCUGUCUUCAGGUGGCAGCACCUUCAACAGAGGUCCUGAAGGUCUGGAGGCUAAAAUCCUCCUCAUCAACACGUUGUACAACAUGCAGGUGGAUGACGUCGCGGACAUCGACUGGGACGAAGUCGCUGACACAGUCGGGAAGGUGACUCCUGUUUGUGUUCAGAAGAGUUUCCACAGAAUGAAAGUUUCCAGAGUUCCUCACUGGAGCAGCUUAUCAUACGGAGGAGAAGCUGAUGAGGUGCAGGAGAGAUGAGGCGCAGCAGCAGGAGGCGCAGCAGCAGGAGGCGCAGCAGAGCGUCUACCUGCUGUCGGACAUCAUGUCCUCACAGGACGACUUCCUGGAGCUGGACAACAGUCAGCUGACCUCCGGCCAAUCACGGCACUGAAGGGGCCCCGCCCCUUCUCCAAUCUGAUAGGCUGUCAGUGGACUGAAUUGAACAAACUGAGAUCCUGACCGGAAGUGGAUUAUUACUGAGGCUUUUAUUUUGAAGGUCCGGAUGUUUGAUAUUAUAAACUUUCUAAUCAAAAACUGUCAUGAUUUGUGUCUGAGCAGCACCAGAAUAUAUAUAAUGAGUACCUGAAUGGAGCUUUAAGAGAUGCUCAUUAUGUAUUUAAUCACAUUUAAGACUAAUAAUAAUAAUAAUAAUAAUGAUGAAAUAUUAAGGGAUUACAGUUAAACACUCUUACAUUUGACAAUAGAAUCAAACAUUAUUUUCAUGAAAGGAUUAUUUAUUGGAUUAAAAAGAUUUGUGUAUAUAUA